AUGGAUGAAAUGGAAGCUCGCUUCGAGGUUUUGUGCUAUAAGAAGGUGCCGCCUAUACUAAAGGGAAAGUUCUACAAAGCGGUGGUUAGACCGACUAUGUUGUAUGAGACGGAAUGCUGGCCAGUUAAGAAAGCUCAUGUCCAGAAGAUGAAGGUAGCAGAGAUGCAGAUGUUGAGAUGGAUGUGCGGGCAUUCCAGGAGAGAUAGGAUUCGGAACAGGGUUGGUGUGGCCCCUGUGGUGGAUAAGAUGCGGGAAGGGAGGUUGAGAUGGUUCGGCCAUGUGCAGCGGAGAUGCGUUGAUGCGCCAGUGAGGAGGUGUGAGAGGAUGGCAGUGGUGGGCCUGAAGAGAGGGAGGGGUAGGCCAAAAAAGGCCUGGGGAGAGGUGAUUCGACAGGAUAUGGCGCUACUUCAGCUUACCGAGGACAUGACCGGUUAA